UUGGGGGGGGGGGGGGGGGGGUGUUGGUUUUGAUUGGUUUUUUAGCGCUUUGAAAUUCAAAGCCCUAAGCUUGAGGAGGAAGCGAGGGUCAAAGGUUCACAGGUAAACCAGACCAAAUUAUCUGCUUUCUUCUUAUAUUUUUGCCUUUUAACACAUUUUUUCCGCUAAAUACUAAAACGGAAUUCUAACUGAUUCGGUCGGGCUUAGGUUUGAAAAACCAGCCCAAGCUUCGUCCAAAAUGGGCAAGCUCCUGGGCUUAGGUGAUUUACCGACAUCCUACGUGUGAAGCCAGGUCAGAUAGAUGUGUGUACCUGCUGCUAUGGAUAAACCCGCGAUGGACUUCGACUGAUAGGGAGAUAGAAAGAGCAUACACACAAAGAAUGUCGACCUUAUCGACUCCACUCUCUCAUAACACUUUAUUCUUACGACAAUUAUCAACGAAACGCCAUGGCUGUCCUCUUCUUCAACUCCCUCUACCUAUCAGAAUCAGCUGUUCUUCUACAGCUAGCAAAUGUGUGUCCAAGUCCGAGGAAAGCUCAUCCCCAUUUAAGGAACUGAAGAGUGUAGCUUGUGGCCUUCUUGCUGUAUGCGCUGUUGCUACUGCCUCACCUGUAAUUGCGGCUAAUCAGAGGCUGCCUCCACUGUCAACAGAGCCCAACCGAUGUGAGCGUGCAUUUGUUGGUAAUACAAUAGGUCAGGCAAAUGGUGUAUAUGAUAAGCCACUUGAUCUACGCUUUUGCAAUUACACUAAUGAAAAAUCCAACCUGAAGGGAAAGUCUCUUGCAGCAGCACUCAUGUCAGAUGCUAAGUUUGAUGGUGCAGACAUGUCAGAAGCUGUGAUGUCAAAGGCUUAUGCUGUGGGAGCUAGCUUCAAGGGUACAAACUUCUCGAAUGCUGUUUUGGAUCGAGUUAAUUUUGGAAAAGCCAAUCUCCAAGGAGCAGUGUUUAAGAACACUGUAUUAUCUGGUUCUACUUUUGAUAAUGCUCAGCUGGAAGAUGCAGUUUUUGAAGAUACCAUAAUAGGUUACAUUGAUCUUCAGAAGCUAUGUACAAAUACAACUAUCGGUGCAGAAGGAAGAGUUGAGUUGGGUUGUCGAUGACUGCAGCGUAUUCUCUUUAUUGUGGUCCUUUCUGUCUUGUUUAGCUACUGCAUGCUGGAAUUUUACAUUAAUGAUUUUGUUAAAGGUUAAUAAAAAAAAAGAUAUUAUGUAUGGAGGAGCCAGUUCAUGAUAAAACUUCACUGUGUUGUAUGUAUUUGCAUCUUUUUUCGUUUUUCUGAGCCUCGAUUUAUACAGUAAGUAUUUACAACUAGUGAACCAACUCUUAUCAUUUUGUGCUUUCGACAAUCAAGUUUGAUGAACAAGAAUUUUCAGCUCUCCCCCC